CACAAGAAAGCGCAUGUGAUCUUCAGUCAGAGCUGCAUCUUCGCCUGCACCUUCCAAACUAAGCCGCGUCUCCGCGCAAACUUCCCAGCAUGAGCGAAGGCAAACACCAUGGAUGUGCCACAUGAGGCGGAGCGGAGCAGCUGAAGCCACCGCUCAAAGUUUGCCUGUAGAAAUCCGACAGUGACUGAACAAAUACUCAACUUUUACGCGCGUUGUCCCUGUGUGGUUUUUGUCCUGACACUUCUUUUUUUUUUUCACUUGUAGUCUGUCACCUGGGAUUGCUUGGAUUCCGCGUUCUUGUCUUUUUUUUAUGUUCAUCCGGGGAGACGUGUAGUUUUUUCGGGGUGGUCCGCUCUCAAGGAAGGUGACAUGCAGGUGCUCGGUUGGACCAUAGUUCUCCUCUGCCAGUGGAUCCUACGGAAGGUCCAAGGGUUAGAGAAGCAAGUGGACUUCUCAGAUCUGGGCCCAGUGGGGUCGGCGAUGAAAGCUCUUCCGUAUGGCAUGGGUGGAGGUGCAGUUGGAGGAGCGACAGGAGGAGUCGUUAAACCACCGUACCAAACCCGCAUCUUCUCCACUUCCAUUGACCAGCCACCCAUGAAGACCAAACCACCCACUUACAGUUUCUAUAACCCGUAUGACCCAACUAGAAACCAGUCCCUGCUCCUGGACCAGACAGGAUACCGCUCUAAGCGCAAGCCCUCACUAAAGACAGCCAUGAAGACCAAGAAGAUCUUCGGCUGGGGCGAUUUCUACUUCAAUGUCAAGACCAUGAAGUUCAGCUUGCUGGUGACGGGGAAGAUCGUGGACCACAUCAAUGGAACUUUCACUGUUUACUUCCGCCACAACUCUUCCAGCCUGGGAAAUGUUUCGGUCAGCAUCGUGCCACCGACCAAAGUGGUGGAGUUUGAGGUCCUCCAGCAGCAGCUGCACCCUCACACCCAGCAAGACAUCCAGAUCCACGCGACCCAUCAGUCCACCAUCGACCCCAAAGAGACAAAGACCUUCAACUGUCGGGUGGAGUACGAGAAUACCAACAGAUCCAAGAAGCCCAAACCCUGUCUGUAUGAUCCGUCUCAGACCUGCUUCACAGAGCACACCCAAUCCCACGCAGCCUGGCUCUGUGCCAAACCCUUCAAGGUGAUCUGCAUCUUCAUCUCUUUCUUUAGCAUUGAUUACAAGUUGGUUCAGAAAGUGUGUCCAGACUACAACUUCCAAAGUGAGUACCCUUACUUUGGCUAAGUAAGUGAGACUGAACUGGAAAGAGAAUGAAGAGACAAUGUUAACGACAAAGAUGAUGUAACGAUAAUAACGAUGAAGAUGGAAAUGAUAGUCAUAUUGAUUACAGUGAAGAUGCGGGGGACAAUUUUUUUGCCUCUAAACUGCUGUGAAUUGUGGAUUUUAAACAUGUAUAAUCAGAGUUAUGGAUGGUUAGGAGACGGCUGGUUUCUCUGAAUUCUUUUCUUUUUUUCCCAACUUUGUGUUUGUUUGUGUUAACUUCCGUUUUUGUUCAAUUCUUUUCUGUAAAUAAUGUACUCAACCCCAGCACAAUUAUUAUUUUCUGAUAUUUGAGUUGCAGUUUGCAGAGAAUUCAGUUGUAAACAGCUGGAACCAUUAUUAUUAUUAUGCCCUCCGAGUACAAAAAAGCUUCUGAAGUGGCUGAAUGUGCCGUUACUCUAUGGCAGACGUAAUGUUAUGGUAGACUGACUGUUAAUCAUCCACCUCAACUAUAUGUUUCAAAAACCUGGAUAUAAGAGAGUUAUAUGUAUGAGAAAUGCUAUGCUGGAUAUGCAUACAAUAUACUGUAUGAAAAAGCACAUUAAAAUCUCUUAAACUGUC